AUGUCUGGUGGUGGCGGUCUAUACUCUUUGGCUACGAUCAUUAAACGGCUGGAGGCAGCAACCUCGCGCAUUGAAGACAUAGUGCACGUCCAGGAUGGACUGCGACCAGCCCCACGAGCAGUAGAGGGAAGCAGUGCACCUACGUCCGAUACUACAACGACUGCGUCGGCAGCUCCUGCCCCUCCACCACCUCCACCCGCCCCGACAGCGGCACCUCCGGCCGAGGAACCUCGAAGCGUUCUUGCUUUCGACGAGGUGAUUUUAGAGGGAAAGCUGAAGCCAUUCAUUCAAGCUACGCGUGAAUUCCCGUGCCAGGCAUUGGUUGAACAAGUUGACUUAGUCGAACGAGAGUUUAAGACCCUCCGAUCCGUAAUUUUGAUGGCUGCGCAGUGCCAAAAGCCAGACCAGAAAACUUGGGGUGAGGUUCUUGCCCCACUCCAGGCGGACAUCGAGUCCAUCACCCGCCUCAAGGAGGCGAAUCGCAAGGAUCGUAACUGGUUCACUCAUAUGUCCACCAUUUCGGAAGGCGCACCUGUUGUCGGGUGGAUCACCGUCGAAUUGAAACCAGCGCCAUAUGUCAAGGAUAUCGUGGACUCUACCAUGUUCUACGGCAAUAGAGUCAUAAAGGAAUUCAAAGACAAGGAACCAAAGCACGCAGAGUGGGUGAAAGCCUAUAUCGCGGUUUUAGAGGAAGUACGCAAGUACAUCUUGGAGCAUCAUACCACUGGUUUAUUCUGGAACCCCAAGGGCACAACUGUUGAACAAUACCUAGCAUCGGGCAAGGCGCCUGCCGCGGGUGCUGCUCCACCCCCACCGCCUCCACCCCCACCCCCACCUGUCCUGGCACCACCGCCUCCCGCCGCUGCACCCGCCGCAUCAGGUCCAGCUGCUGUAUUUGCAGAGUUGAAUCGAGGUGAAGAGGUAACGAAGGGGUUACGCAAAGUCGACAAGAGCGAGAUGACGCACAAGAACCCCGCACUUAGAGCCAGCAGUGUCGUCCCAGCAGCUUCCAGCCCUCCCAAGAAGCCUACCAAACCAGCCAAGCCCCAUGCUCUUGCGGGAAAGAAGCCUCCUAAAUUUGCCUUGGAGGGUAGCAAAUGGGUCAUUGAAUACCAAGAGAACGAGCCAACUUUGGUUGUGGAGGAAGGUCAAAUCAAUCAGACGGUCAACCUUUACAAGUGCAACAAGUGCACAAUCCAAAUUAAAGGCAAGGUUAAUGCCGUCACUUUGGUCGGGUGCGAGAAAACCUCCGUUUUGGUUGAUUCCGUGAUUUCCAGCAUCUCUGUGACCAACUCGCCCUCAUUUGCCCUCCAAAUUACUGGCACAGCUCCUACAAUUCAGCUGGACUCUACGGUCUCUGGGCAGAUCUAUCUCUCGAAGGACUGUCUAGGAACAGAGAUCACAACGGCCAAAUGCAGCAGCAUCAACGUUAGCCUGCCAGUUCCUGGGGAAGAGGAGGGCGUUUUCGAAGAGCAAGCAGUCCCAGAGAUGCUCAAGACUGUUAUCAAGGAUGGGAAACUAGUUACGACUGUUGUGGAACAUGUGGGCUGA